UUUCACGACACGCUGCGUCUCCUUGCUGUUGUCUGACGUCAUGCCGCAGGUCGACGGCGUAGGAAACAUGGCUGCUCCCAAGAAUAUGAGACGUCUCUCUAAAUUUUAAAAUUUUAAUAUUCAGUUCUGAGCGAUGAUACAUACCCAGGACAAGAUGGAGAAACUGUUGCCAUCUGCUGAGGAAAAAGAGAGGGAGGAGGAAGAGAUUGAGGAAGAAGAAUCAGGGGAGGAAGAAGAAGAGGGAGAUGAUGAAGAAGAGGGGGAGGAAGAUGGAGAAGAAAAGGAUGAUGGAGACGAUAAAGAAAAGGAAGAAACAAUGCCACAGGCUGCAGAUAAAACAGGAAAAAAGAGUCCAUCAGCCUGCUCAACCGAAAAACAAAAAGCAGGCUGAUGUCCUGAACCUUAACAAUGAGGUGGUGAAGAUGAGGAAGGAGGUGAAGAGGGUGAGAGCUUUGAUAAUCAGGAAGCUGACACGACAGAUCAGUGCCUUGAAGAAGAAGAAGGGGAAAGAGGUGGAGAUUGAGAGGAAUCAGAGGAGAGCUGUCAGACUGCUGGAAGAGAUCCAUGCCAUGAAGGUGCUCGCACCAGACCUGGUGACCAAGACAGCCUUGCAGAAAAAUCUCAACUUUGAAGAAGUGUGUAAAAAUCCCAAGUCUACUAUUUCUGACCGGGCUAUAGCACGCAUCGCCACCCACCCUCAGUUCAACAAGAAGAUCGAGGACAUCAAAGCUGCUGUGAAAGCCUUCAAAGAGGAGAGGAUGAAGGGUGGAAAGCAAGGAGGGAGGAAAAUGUGCAAAUGAAACCUUAAAGGUAAAUCCGCAGUCACCAGACAAAACAGGAGGAAGAAGAGUGAGAAAGAAGAGGUGGACAGUAAGGAAAAGCAAGACAACAAGGAAGGAGCUGGCAUCCUUAAAGACGCUGAAGCUGCUAAACCUGAAAAGGACACAGGGAAAGCAGUUCAUUCAGCUGACACUGCUGAUGUUCAAAAGAAAGAAAUACCAGAGACUCAGAGUGUAAGACCAGCAUCAACAAAGAGUAGUGAAGUAAAGCACAUUGUCAAAAAUGUACCUCAAAGGGAAGAUGCUAGAAAGAAACCCAAUCCUGCAGCGCCACGGGAAAAGGACAGUGAGGAAGAGAGUGAUUUAGAGUCAUCAGACGAGGAAGAGAAAGAGUACUUUGAUGACAGCACAGAAGAACGUUUCCACAAGCAGUCCUCCCAGUCUGAGGAGAGCGAUGACGACUUCUUUGUAGGGAAAGUCAGCAAAUUUAAGAAGAAGAAGCAGAAAAGUGAGGGGCAUGAAGUGAAAGGGGACUCCACAGACAAGGUGAAAACUUCAGACAAGGUCCAGAGCGAACUCAAUGAGCUUGAGUCCAGGCUGAAGUCUAAAGGGAGCUCGCUUCAGUCUGUCUUCUGUUCCUCCCUCUCUGGGUCUAAGCAGGGUGGAGGUGGAGGUGCAGGCAGAGGGAGAGGUGGGGAUAAAUCUAGGGGCCAAAGGAAACCAAGGGCUGGUAGUGGUUUCAAUAAAGACUUAAGUAAACAACCCAAGUUCCAAAAACAGGAUACAGGAGCAGAAAGAAAUUCAGAGUCCAAGUACAGCAAGCCCCGUCCUGAAGGCAGGCGGCUUGAGUCAGAGGAGAGGGGCUUUGCAUUUGCCAACAGAGGGAGGGGACGAGGCAGAGGUGAUGUUACAAGGCAAAAGACUCACAUGGGUCGAGGUGCUUUUUCCCAUCAGGCACCACAGCAAGCCCUGCAUCCAUCCUGGGAGGCUAGUAAAAAAAGAAAAGAGCAGCAAGGACAAAUCCUGGCCUUCCAGGGGAAGAAGAUCAAGUUUGAUGAUGACGACUGAACCCACUUUUUUGUUUGUUUAUAAGUGUCAAGUCCAUACACAUGGUUGAGUGACUUAUAUUUUUUGCUGAUCUUUGUCUGAUGCACUAGUUAAAUAUAAAAGCUCACUUAUGAUGGUCUGUGACAAUGUUAUAAAGGGUGAUGUUUCAUCUUUAUGGUUGGACAACAACCUGAUAUUCCUUUAUAAAACAUCAAUAGAAAUAUGUUGUUCAAAUAUUAUAAUUUCCAAAUAUGAUUCUAAUUUCAGCUUGUGAAAUCCAUCAGCUAGGCAUAUAACUUUUCUAUGUUAUAGGUUUACCAGUUAACAGAGUGAGGAACAAGUCACUUGUAAGGAUGUGCUAUAUAGUUGUGUUAAAUUGUAAUUGGGGAUUUGGGAGGAAAUGAUGUUUGAUUUUUUUUUUUUUUAAUAAAUAUUUUACCUUGUACACAGCUCUCUGCCUUAUAUGGCUCCACUAAUUUGACAUAACCCAUGUCUUUGUAUCAUGGUAAUUCAGGCAGAGUUACUAUAUACACUGUAUGUAUGGUGAUGUAUAAGUAUCCAUGGCAGGAAGACCUUAAACUAAAUUACUUGUCAUUAUUUGUGUGUAAACAAUAUAAAGUUGGUAUAUAUCAUCCUAUGCUCCUCAGAUUUUCAAGUGACCAAAAUUCUAACUAUAGAAAAACAUAUUUGUUUUUGUUUUUUUUUUGUUUGUUUUUUAUUUUGCUUGGAAAAGGCAUUUUUAUACAAAACCUAUCAAAACAAAUACAAAAUU